AUUUUUUUCGAAAACAAUAAAUUAAAGAUUUGGAAUGUUGCUAUAUAAAUCAAUGAUACUUAGUAAUUCAAUAAGGAAUAAACUUCGUGAAGAGAAAUGACUCUAGAAGCUUUAUCAUCAAACGGUCUUUUAAACUUUUUGCUCUCUGAAACUCUUUCACCAACUCCAUUCAAGUCUCUCGUCGAUCUCGAGCCAUUGCCGGAAAAUGAUGUCAUCAUAUCGAAGAACACAAUUUCGGAGAUAUCUAAUCAAGAACCGCCACCACAGCGACAACCACCAGCUACGAAUCGAGGGAAGAAGCGGCGGAGGAGGAAGCCUAGGGUUUGCAAAAACGAGGAAGAAGCUGAGAAUCAACGAAUGACUCACAUUGCCGUCGAAAGAAAUCGAAGAAGACAAAUGAAUCAACAUCUCUCUGUCUUGCGAUCUCUCAUGCCUCAACCUUUUGCUCACAAGGGUGAUCAAGCUUCAAUAGUUGGUGGAGCCAUAGAUUUCAUCAAAGAACUUGAACACAAAUUACUAUCUCUUGAAGCUCAAAAACAUCAUAAUGCUAAAUUAAACCAGUCGGUUACUUCUUCAACAAGUCAAGACUCAAAUGGUGAACAAGAGAAUCCUCAUCAACCAUCUUCACUAUCUCUAUCGCAGUUCUUUCUUCAUUCAUACGAUCCGAGCCAAGAGAAUAGGAACGGCUCAACAAGCUCGGUGAAAACCCCUAUGGAAGAUCUUGAGGUGACUCUAAUCGAAACUCAUGCUAACAUCAGAAUCUUGUCGAGAAGAAGAGGUUUCCGGUGGAGCACGUUGGCCACCACCAAACCGCCGCAGCUUUCGAAGCUGGUGGCUUCUCUACAAUCGCUGUCCCUCUCCAUUCUUCACCUUAGUGUCACAACAUUGGACAAUUAUGCUAUUUACUCCAUCAGCGCUAAGGUAAUAAAAUUAAAACCCUAUCAUCUGAACCGGACUAAACCGGAUUAGUUUCAAUGCAAUUUGUGCGGUAUUUAGAUCAAACAGAUUACAAGAUAGGACAUUUAUGCUAUUUACUCUAUCAGUAACUGAUGAAAAAAAAAAAAAAACUCUAUCAGUAACUAGGGUGAUACAAACCGGAGCUAAACCGGAUUUGUUCAAAUGCGACUUGAGGGGUAUUUUGGGAAUAUAUGUUAGGAAUUUAAAGCUAGACGGUCGAUUAUGUGCGGUCCAAGGGACAGAGCAUAUAAAAGGAAUGUCUAUGAGCUCUUAACUAGAUUUGGUCCAACAUUUAUUACCAUACUUGGUGGAGUCAUUUUUCUUAUUUUUCACCCAUUUCUUGAAAACAGGUUCAAUUAUUGCCACGUGGGUUAUAAAAAUUGUAACAAUUUGAAGCUUUUUUCAAAUUCACAUUAUGCUAUUUUUGUAAAAUCAUUUUCUUAUUGGAUGUUGAAAGGUGGAAGAGAGUUGCCAGCUAAGUUCAGUAGAUGACAUUGCAGGAGCAGUUCACCACAUGCUAAGUAUCAUUGAAGAGGAGCCUUUUUGUUGCUCAUCAAUGUCAGAAUUACCAUUUGACUUCUCUUUGAAUCACUCAAAUGUCACUCAUUCUCUCUGAGAAAUCUCUUUUUUGUUGUUGUUAUUCCUUCUUUUAAUUUUAUCACAUAGCACAUCUUUAGUUUUUUUUUUUCAGAAUGAAGAAACACAUAAGCUUUCUUUUAAAAUCCUAGGUUCUUUUUCUGACUUUGUAAAGGCUAAAUGUGAAUUUAUAAUGGCACAUAACAUAUUAGUUGUUUUACUCUUAAUUUUAUGCAUUUUCUG